AAAUGAAAUGUCAUUUCUCCGAUUUGCGAAUCGCGAUUUCACGAUACUUUUUAUUGAAAAUUAUUGUAAAUGAAUUUUUUGUGUGUACUCUGAGGCGAUAAUCAAAUAAAAUGAGUGAUUUAAUAAACGCCAGGGAGGCGGCGUCCCUGGCUAUUCAGUUCGAUCAGAUGGGAGAAACGGACAAAGCUGUGGAAUGUUAUAGGACUGCUGCUCGUAUUUUGGAUAGAGCUAGGGACUCUGUGUCUCUAGAACGAAGAUCUGAGAUCCGGGAGAAAGUACAGGAGUACCUUAAAAGAGCCAAUGCACUACAAGAGCAGAAGGAUGUAGCACAGCAGGCGGAAGUGGAACGAAGUUUGCAGCAAUGCUACUUCUUGAUGCAGCAGGCUUUGGAUGCCGAUGAAGCUGAUUUAAAGGACAUAGCCUUGCAGCUCUACACUCAAGCUGUGGAGUUGGCUGUCACCAUUAAAUCAAGUGAUCCCGAGAUAAAAGAAAAAGUAAAAGGAUUGGCCUCGCAAGCGUUAGAUAGAGCAGAGGACUUAAAAGGGAUCAACAAGUUUUCUACAUUGUCUAUUGGUGGCCAGCCAAGACCCGUGGUUUCACCGAACAGACCUCCUCUACAAAGAGAGCAAAGUGUCCAUUUACAAGUAAGCGGCGGAAAACACACAUACACAGAAGAAGAAAAAGACGUACUCAGAACAACUUCAAAUAUCAACAACAACUGGUUCCUACCAUUUAUGGACGUGGAUUUGUCGGAGAAGUUCCAAUAUGCAAUACCGUUUGAAGAGAAAGCCAGCGAAUUAAAGCUGUCUUCGAAGCAACAGAAGGAAUUUGACUGUUGGAUUCGGCCUCACGAGAUUUGUAGUGAUCCAAAGUUGAUAAUCAAUGAGCAUGUGGAUUGUUUCAGUAUUAAACAAACAAUAGUAUCAGAUUGUUCGUUCGUCGCCUCCCUCGCCGUGAGUGCCUUAUACGAAAGGAGGUUCAAUAAGAAAAUAAUCACAUCCAUAAUCUAUCCAAAAAACAAGAACAAACAACCUGUGUACAACCCUUUUGGCAAGUACAUGGUGAAGCUACACCUUAACGGAGUAAGAAGGAAGGUAAUCAUAGACGACAGACUUCCGUACAGCAAAUAUGGCCGACUUCUAUGUUCGUAUUCGAGCAAUAAGAACGAAUUUUGGGUCUCCAUGUUGGAAAAGGCGUACAUGAAAGUCAUGGGUGGUUAUGAUUUCCCUGGCUCGAAUAGUAACAUAGAUCUCCACGCGUUAACUGGUUGGAUACCGGAGCGAUGCGCGAUUCGCAAGGACGAGCCCGAUUUCAACGCGGACGCAUUAUACGAGACUAUCAGGUCUCGGAUGGAAAGGGGCGACGUUUUGGUGACAGUCGCCACCGGUCCCCUGUCCGAUCCGGACGCAGAGAGAACCGGACUGGUCGCUACACACGCUUACGCUGUGCUGGACGUGAAGAUUGCUAAUGGCGUGAAACUCCUCAAGCUGAAGAACCCUUGGUCGCACUUACGUUGGCGCGGGAACUACUCCGAGUUGGACACUGUGCAUUGGACGCCAAACCUUAGAGGUCUUCUCAACUACGACCCAGAAAGCGCGGCGCAGUACGACAACGGCGUAUUCUGGAUUGACUACACGAGUAUUCUGGAGUUUUUCGAUGUAUUCUACUUGAAUUGGAACCCGGAGCUGUUUAAAUUCACCUAUUGUAUUCACCAGAAAUGGGACGCCGGUAACGGUCCCGCCAAAGACGCGUACAUUAUUGGCGAAAACCCCCAGUUCUCAUUGCACGUGCAAGGAAAAGGCGCCGUCUGGUUACUGCUUACGAGACACAUCACGCAGAUAGACGACUUCCGUGACAAUAAGGAAUAUAUCACGCUGCUCGUCUACAAGAACAACGGGAAAAGAGUGUACUACCCUUGUAAGUGACGUCAUAUUCCAGUU